AUGGCUGCGGAUGAAGUUGCCUCUACUGCAGCUACCGCACCAUCCACCUACGCCGCACCCACCACCACACCCGCACCCACAUCCGCAGCACAAGCUGAGUCCGCACCCGCAGCAGACAGCAAUGGUGCAGUGACCGAAGACGAGGCGGCGCUGUACGACCGACAGAUCCGUCUGUGGGGCCUCGAGGCGCAGAACCGACUGCGCACAGCGCACGUGCUCAUUCUCGGCUGGAACGGCAUCGCGACCGAGAUCAUCAAGAACACGGUGUUGUCUGGCAUUGGGAGCAUCACGCUGCUGGACCCGACGCGUGUCGAGGCAGCCGUCGACCUGCUGACAGGAUUCUUCUUCCGCGACGACGACGUAGGCCGACCACGAUGCAGCCAGGUACCGCUCGACAGGGUGCGUGCACUCAACCCGCUCGUCAAGGUCGAAGGCAUUGCGGACCAGGCUACGUACGACACGAUCGUUCAAGCCGGAGACGAGGCGGAAGCGUGGUUGAAGGAGCGUGGUGUUGAUGUUGUUGUGAUCGGGACGCCGCUAGUCAAGCCGGGGAAGAUGAUCGAGCAGCUGGUGGGUAUCAACGCGCUGGCGCGCAAGAUGGGCAUCAAGAGUUUUGUGUCUGCAACGUACGGGCUGGGAGGAUUCUACUUUGCGGACCAGGUGGAGCACGACUACGUGGUGGAGCGCAACAUUGAUGGCGACAAGAAGCGGAUCAAGCAGAGGCAGACGUUUGUAUCGCUCGCCGACUCGCUCGCGCACACCUGGGUCGGACUUACCGACCGACAGAAGCGACGCACACGUAUUCCGCUUGAAUGGUUCGCCUGGCUAGCGCUGACGCACCUGCGCACGAGUCUCGCCUCGGACGCUGCAUCGACGACCAUCGCUCCUGCUGCAUUGCGCGGACGCACGGUUGCUGUCAUCAACGAGAAAGGGCUGGACGCAGACAUGAUCCUGCGCAGCACGGAUGCGGAAGCGGUGUUUACAGGCAUGGCUGCAAUGCGCGUCGAUAGCGACGGCAUUACGCUUGCGCCCGUAGCUGCCGUGCUGGGCGGCGUGCUGAGCCAAGACAUCCUCAACGCCAUUGGGGGACGCGAAGAACCGGUGGUCAAUUGGAUGAUGCUCAGCUUCAAUGCAACGGGCGCCGCGACGGUCCACAAGAUCGGCAGCCUCAGCGGUCCAGUGGUCGAGUAA